CGACAAUCCGUUUAGUGGUAUCACAUAUAACUUGUGUGCAAUUCUGAAUUCGGUACACUCCCGUUUCCUUCUUCUACCUCUCUUUCCAUUCCCUCCCAGCUUGCCGCCAGUCCCAUACGCCAGCGCCGAACUGGAAUUGAAGGGUUAAUGGCAUCAGUGAAGAGAAAGUCGGUUGAAGACCCAUCUGGGGAGCCUCUCCCUAUGCAGAAACAGCGGAGAGAGAAUGGUUCAGUGACUGCCAAUGAAUCGGUGGCCUGUGUUCAUGAUGUCUCAUAUCCAGAGGGUUAUAUUCCACCUCCUCGCCCAGGCUUUUCAGCUCAUAAGGACUCGAAGCCUGUAAAAGAAUUCCCAUUCACUCUGGACCCUUUUCAGUCUGAAGCUAUUAAGUGGCUUGAUAAUGGCGAGUCUGUUAUGGUUUCAGCACAUACAUCAGCUGGAAAAACUGUAGUGGCAUUAUAUGCUAUUGCUAUGUCUCUGAGAAAUCAGCAACGUGUCAUAUACACUUCACCCAUUAAGGCACUCAGCAAUCAAAAAUACAGAGAGUUCAAAGAAGAAUUCUCUGAUGUAGGUUUGAUGACUGGAGAUGUCACAAUUGAGCCUAAUUCUUCUUGCUUGGUGAUGACCACAGAAAUAUGGCGCAGUAUGCAGUAUAAAGGAUCUGAAAUUACUCGUGAGGUGGCUUGGGUCAUUUUUGAUGAAGUACAUUAUAUGCGUGAUCGUGAAAGAGGCGUGGUAUGGGAAGAAAGCAUUGUUAUGGCCCCAAAGAAUUCUAGAUUUGUGUUCCUCUCUGCAACUGUGCCUAAUGCAAAAGAAUUUGCUGAUUGGGUAGCAAAGGUUCACCAACAACCAUGUCACAUCGUUUAUACUGACUAUCGACCAACUCCUCUUCAGCAUUAUAUUUUUCCUGCCGGAGCUAAUGGUUUAUACUUAGUGGUGGAUGAAAAGGGGAAGUUUCGAGAGGACAGCUUUCAGAAAGCAUUGAAUGCACUUGUUCCUAAGAGUGAAGGUGAGAAGAAAAGGGAAAAUGGGAAGUGGCAAAAGGGUUUAGUGGUGGGUAAAAUUGGCGAAGAAAGUGACAUCUUUAAGAUGGUAAAAAUGAUCAUUCAGCGCCAGUAUGACCCAGUCAUUCUUUUCAGCUUUAGCAAACGAGAAUGUGAAUUUCUUGCCAUGCAGAUGGCAAAAAUGGAUCUAAAUGAGGAUGAUGAGAAAGUGAACAUAGAAACCAUUUUUUGGAGUGCCAUGGACAUGCUUUCUGAUGAUGACAAGAAACUACCUCAGGUUUCAAAUAUGUUACCCCUCUUAAAGCGGGGAAUAGGUGUGCAUCAUUCUGGCUUGCUUCCCAUUUUGAAAGAAGUGAUCGAGAUUUUAUUUCAAGAAGGGUUGAUCAAGUGUCUGUUUGCUACAGAGACCUUUAGCAUAGGUUUGAACAUGCCUGCAAAAACUGUGGUAUUCACCAAUGUCCGUAAAUUUGAUGGAGACAAGUUCAGAUGGAUAUCUAGUGGAGAGUACAUCCAAAUGAGUGGCCGAGCUGGUCGUCGAGGAAUUGAUGAUCGUGGGAUAUGCAUCCUUAUGGUGGACGAGAAACUUGAGCCUCCUACUGCUAAAAUGAUGCUCAAAGGAAGUGCUGACAGUUUGAACAGUGCCUUCCAUUUAAGCUACAACAUGCUUUUAAAUCAAAUGCGCUGUGAAGAUGGGGAUCCUGAAAAUUUGCUGCGAAAUUCAUUCUAUCAAUUCCAAGCUGAUCGUGCUAUUCCUGAUCUUGAGAAACAAGUGAAAGUCCUUGAAGAAGAGAGGGACUCGAUGAUAAUUGAAGAAGAAGAUAAUCUAAAGAAUUAUUAUGAUCUGAUUCAACAAUACAAAAGUUUGAAGAAGGAUGUUUGUGAUAUUGUGUUUUCUCCAAAGUACUGCCUACCCUUUCUGCAGGCCGGUAGAAUUGUAUGCCUCCAAUGCACUGGGAUUGAUGAAAGCUCUCCAUCUUUCUCCAUUGAAGACAAAGUUACAUGGGGUGUGAUAAUCAAUUUUGACAGAGUCAAAAACUUUUCUGAAGUGCAUGAACCAGAUGAUGCAAGUAGAAAGCCCGAAGAUUCAAACUACACAGUGGAUGUUCUUACAAGAUGUGUCGUGAGCAGAGAUGGAAUUGCGAAAAAGAAUAUCAAGAUUGUCCCAUUGAAAGAGUCUGGAGAGCCUCUUGUUGUUUCUGUUUCUAUCUCUGAGAUUACUAGUCUUAGUAGUGCUCGCUUGUACCUGUCGAAGGACCUUUUGCCUUUGGAAGUUCGAGAGAACACCUUAAAGAAGGUUUUAGAAAUUCUAUCUAGAAAUCCUACUGGACUGCCACUAGAUCCUGAAGGAGAUAUGAAGAUCCAAAGUAACUCAUACAAAAAGGCAGUCCGACGGAUAGAGGCUUUAGAGCACCUCUUUGAGAAGCAUGAAAUUGCAAAAUCUCCCCUUAUCGAGCAAAAACUCAAAGUUUUACACAAGAAGCAAGAAUUAACAGCCAAGAUUAAGUCAAUCAAGAAAACAAUGCGUUCUUCCACAUCUUUGGCUUUCAAAGAUGAACUUAAAGCCAGAAAAAGAGUUCUUCGGAGGCUAGGAUAUGUUACAAGUGACGAUGUAGUGGAGUUGAAAGGAAAAGUAGCUUGUGAAAUUAGUAGUGCAGAUGAGUUGACCUUGACAGAGCUCAUGUUCAAUGGUGUUUUAAAGGACAUAAAGGUGGAGGAGAUGAUAUCUCUUCUUUCAUGUUUUGUGUGGCAAGAAAAGCUCCAGGAUGCUGCAAAACCUAGGGAAGAACUUGACUUACUCUUUUCACAAUUACAAGAUACAGCUCGAAGAGUUGCCAAACUUCAGCUUGAAUGCAAGGUCCAAAUUGAUGUGGAGAAUUUUGUGAGUUCAUUUCGGCCUGAUAUUAUGGAGGCUGUAUAUGCUUGGGCAAAAGGAUCCAAAUUCUAUGAAAUCAUGGAAAUUACACAGGUUUUUGAGGGGAGUUUGAUCAGGGCAAUUAGGAGAUUGGAGGAAGUUCUUCAGCAGCUUAUACAAGCAGCAAAAUCCAUUGGCGAAACAGAGCUGGAGGCAAAAUUUGAAGAGGCUGUUUCAAAAAUCAAGAGAGACAUAGUGUUUGCAGCAUCUUUAUACUUAUAGUUAACUAGAGGUUUAAUUUCCUCCACGAUGCUGGAGAAAAUGGAAAAGGGUCUAAAUGAAGAUGGGCUGAAGCAUUGAAUUUACAUGGUCUGAAGCAAAUUCAUCCAUAUGAUGUGCUCCUUCUAAGUCAUUGUUGUACGCAGCUAGUAACAGGAGUGUGUUCUGCUUCUAGAGCAAGGAAAGAUGAUAUUAGAGGUCCAAAUCACGGUUUAUAGCAGAAGAAAAAGAGGAACUCAAGUCUGCAACUGUUCUUGAUGCCUCUUUCUCCUUCUCCUCAACCCUCCAUAUUCUGGUACCAAUUGCUGCUGCUGCUGUUCUUUUGUUUUUUUUUUGGAGAUUCUUACUAAAGAGAGAGUUGAGAGGCUCCGUGGCGAUUUUGUUUGAGCAUUUAGUUCAUACAGUAGCACAUGGAUUGUCAUUUAUACGUAGGAUAUAUAUUGUCACAAUUGUAAAAUCAGCCAGCUUUGGUUGCAA